ACCGGGCCGCGUUCCCUGCCGCGGGGCCGGAGGCUGGGCCGGCUCGCGGUUCCCGCGGCAGCAGCCGGGCAUGGCGGCCCCCGGGAGCGGCCUGGAGCUGGGCUCGGCGCCCCGGCACGUCGGCACCGCGCAGCCCCCGGGCACGGGCUGGGAGCGGCUGCGGGAGCUCUGGCACCGCGAUGAACUACAGCACUACCCAGAAGAAACUCUCAACAUUAUCAAAGCUACGUUUUCAGCGGCUGUCAUUGGCUGGAUGUAUGGAGGUUUGCCCGCUUUUCACCAUGCAAAGACACAAUAUAUUGAGCGGAGCCAAGCGGAGAUUUUUCAGAACCGUCUGGAUGCUGUGCAAUCUGCACAUCGUGCUGCAAUCAGGGGAUUCAUCCGUUACGGCUGGCGCUGGAGCUGGAGAAUUGCUACUUUUGUGGCAAUAUUUAAGGCUGUAUUGUCGAGUGUGCUCUUUGUUCAGGUCUGCCUUCUGACUCUUUCUGUGCCCCACACUUGCAGCACAGUGAGCACUGGUCUGUCCGUGUACCGCAAUAAAACCACCUUCAGUCACUUCGCUGCCGCAGGAGCCUUUACAGGAGGCCUGUUCAGAAUGCAUUUGGGCCUGAGCAGAAUGGCAGCUGGCAGUGUCUUUGGAGCAGCAUUCGGCAUCCCUGCAGGAGGGCUAUUGAUGGCAGUGCAGAAGCUCUCUGGUGAGAGCAUACAGGAGAAAAGACUACGUGAGAGAAGAUUGCUGCAUGAACAGAAGUUAGCAGAGUGGAAAGCUAGGCUUAAUUUUACUGAGGCUGACUUGGAAGAAAUUGUCAGUAACACUCAGGAAGGAACCAUGGAGAGAGAUAUCGAGAAGAUCCAAGAGUUGUUAAAUCUUCCCAAGAACCCUUUGCCAUCGAAAGAUGGGAACUAGUCUGAGCUUUGACUUCAGUCAAGUCAUCUUGGAAGACUGGCAUGAAUCUAUUUCUGUAUCCAUUGUUUUCGGCAGCAGCAGUUUGACAACAAUGUUGUGGAUAUGUAUCAUGAUGGAGGGAGGGUUCAAGAUCUUCAACUGAAGUAAUGACCAGUGAGCUGUGUUUUGUGUGAGGGCAGCAACAGAACUCUUAGUGACUACUCCACACUUGAAUGUCCUGGGCCACAUCUUAAUGCAAUAUACACAGAGAAAGGGGGGUUCAUUAGUCCUGCAAGAGUGCACGUCCUUAUGCCACUGUAGUGAGUGGCAUGAUGGCAGCAUCUAGGAGCUACCACUCUCCCAAAGAAGCUUGUAAUGACAUUUUUAUCCUUAUUUGAAAACAGAAUUCAGUUUUGGUGAAACUGGCUGCACUGAUAGCACUGGAGUCCUGCCUAUCCAUUGGCCAGGUGCAGCAUGGGCAAUGCCCAUGCUAGUUCCCUCCACUCUAUUUCUUCAGCGUACUUCAACCCUGCUCCACUUGGAACAGUGCUACAGGCUGGAAGAGUUUGGUUACUGUGGCUUACUCAGGCUUUAGGCGUUUUGCAGAAAUAAAUGGUUCUCAGUUUUCCAAAUGAGGCUUGUGACAGUGUCAGGAUCACAAAGAACGUGCCUGACAAGGGCAUACCUUGGGUUCCUCUAAAGUAGGGUGUCCUUCCGUGAGGAGGAGAGGGCUAUAACAAGGAUGACUGCAUGUUGGCAGGAGAGCUUAGCGUUACAGACACAUUUUAACCAAAAAUUGUGAUUGUGUUAAGUUACAAAUUACAGGAUCCUCUUGGAGGAAAACUAUUGGAAAUGCUAUUUAACAGACAUAACUGCUCACGUUGUCUA